UCCGCACCCACCGCCCUCCGUCUACCUCGAUCUCCAUUUCUCCAUUUCUCCUUUUCUCCUCUUGUUUCUUCGAGUUCCGUCCUUCUCCCUCCGGCGCUUUUUAGAAAACAGCCAUGGCCACAUCUCGUCCUCCACCACCGAAGCUUCUCGACCUCGACAUCACCAUCGUCUCUGCAAAGCACCUCAAGAACGUCAACUGGCGAAACGGAGAUCUCAAACCCUACGCCAUCUUCUGGGUCGACCCGGACCGGCGACUCGCCACCAAACCUGAUGACUCGGGCUCUACUCGCCCCGUUUGGAACGAAAGGUUUACUCUGUCUAUCAACGUUCCUCUUCAGGAUUCCAUCCUCAAUCUCGAAAUCUUCCACUCCAAGCCCUCCGAGACCCCUAAACCUUCGGUCGGCUCGCUCCGCCUUCCUCUCAGGGACCUGGUCGACUCGGACGAUUCCAACCGUAUCAGAACUUUCGAACUCCGUCGUCCAUCCGGCCGUCCCCAGGGUAAGAUCAGGAUAAAGCUUGCCGUCCGCGAACGCCCUGCUCCACCUGCCCCGGAUUAUCAUGUUACCCCUCCGCCCAGUUAUUAUUAUUCCAGUGCUCCUCCUCCUCCACCUCCUGCAUCACGCGACUAUAGGGGAUACUCUCCUUCUCCGUAUUCGACUCCUAUCCCACCACCGGCGCUACCCCCUGCUCCGUCACCGGCUCCUCAGUAUCCGUACGGCAGCUAUUCGGAUCCAUAUUCCGGUUAUUACUCUGGCUACUACUCUCAGCCGCCGCCGCCGCCACCACCUCGUCCAUUCUUCGAUCGGUCUUCUAAUUACGGUGGACCCAGUGGGCCGUCAGCGCCCGUCGAUUAUUCGUCGUACGAUCAGAAGCCGAAAGGAAGCAAGAUGGGAUUCGGUACAGGUUUGGCUGUGGGAGCAGUUGCCGGGGCUUUGGGAGGUCUUGCAUUAGAAGAAGGAAUCAAAUAUGAGGAGGAGAAGAUUGCAGACAGAGUCGAGAGCGACCUAGCCUCACGAGAUGAGUACAGCGAAUAUCGUGGUGAUUAUUGAUGUAUUUGGUAAUUUGGUUUUCUUCUUUAACUUUUUCUGGGGUUUGGGUUCUUAUGAAGGUAAGCUGAAAUAACUGACAUACUCCAGUUUGGGUAUGCCGUGUAUAUAAUCUAUGUUUCUUUUCUUUUUAACUUUGGUGUUUACAAUGCUUGUCCGAACAAGGAAAAUACUUAAUUCUACUAGCUUUAUCACUCAUGGAUAUGUAUGAAAUGCCUUUUCCC